CCUCAUUGUUAUUUGACAAUUCUAAUUGGAACCCCAAAGGCCAAAAAACUCCUGUGGUUCGCGACUGGAAUUCUUGUUGUUGUUAUUUCUCUGCCAAUCAUGGCCAACAAAAAUGUUCAAGCAUUAGAUGAGAUUUUAGGCGCUGCGCGAGAGCAAUUCUCCGAGAGAUUACCAAAAUCAAGACAGCAGCAUGAAAACGCGGCCACAGUUCUGCCCGGUGGAAACACACGCUCUGUACUUUACACGGAGCCAUUUCCUAUCUGCAUGAAGAGAGGAGUGGGAAAUCGACUCUUUGAUAUCGAUGAAAACGAGUAUCUUGAUCUAGCUGGGGAGCUCACAGCGGGUCUCUACGGACACUCCCACUCAGUUAUUCGUGAAGCGAUUACCUCGACGUUAGAAAAUGUUGGUCUCUCACUAGGCGCCUCGAAUUUACUAGAGACUCAGCUUGCAAAGUUAAUAAUAGAAAGAUUCCCGUCCGUGGAAAGAAUACGUUUCUGUAAUUCGGGCACGGAAGCGAAUCUGUAUGCGCUUAGUGUUGCCCGAUACUUCACACGGAAAAGAAAGGUCCUCGUUUUUGAAGGAGGAUAUCACGGUGGGGUAUUGUCUUUUGCACAUGGAGUUGCGACAAAUACCGUUGACCCCCAGGAUUGGAUCGUUGGAAGAUACAACGAUGCCCAGGGAGUCAAGGCCCUCAUCGAAAACACUCCCGACCUUGCUGCAGUUCUUGUAGAAGCAAUGCAGGGUGCUGGAGGUUGCAUACCAGGAGAGCUUCAAUUUCUCCAAACUAUUCAAACUUGUGCGAAAGAGAAAGGAGUUGUUUUCAUUUUAGACGAGGUGAUGACAUCGCGUCUUUCCCCGGGCGGGCUCCAGUCCAGCCUUUCUUUAUCCCCGGACCUCACCACCAUGGGAAAAUACAUAGGCGGUGGCUUACCAUUUGGCGCGUUUGGAGGCAAAGAGGAGUUGAUGUCAACCUACGACCCACGCAUUGGCUCUAACCCUAGUCAUUCGGGUACCUUCAACAAUAAUACGCUGACGCUGGCUGCUGGAUACGCGGGACUUGCUCAUGUUUACACGCCCGACGUGAAUGUCAAGCUCAAUGCCAUGGGAGAUGGGUUUCGCGAGCGCCUGAACCAUGCGAUGCGUGGGACGAAAAUGGUUGUGACAGGAAUUGGAGCCGUCAUGACAAUUCAUUUCAUACCGUCUGGCGAAGCGGCAAAGAAAACUGGCAUUCAGCUGGAAGAAGAAAGCAUUAUAGAACUACGGGACUUGUUCUGGUUUUGGUGCGUUGAGAAAGGCUUUUGGUUUGUGCGCAGAGGGAUGGUAGCUUUGACUCUGGGUACUACUGAGGAAGAGCUGGAUAGCUUCGUUGGAACAGUCGAAUCUUUUAUCAAACACUAUGACAAGCUUGUAUUGGUAUAAUUUAUAUACUUUAUCACAGUAGCAUCCAUUUAUCUAGCAUAUAUUCAUGACAAAGUGCAUCAUUUAGCGAAUUGAUGGGGGC